UCUCAGCUCUUUCAGCUUCAACACAUCAACUCCAGCUCCAAUCAGCUUCUCAUAUCUUUCCAGAGAUGAAGGUGAUUUUGUUACUCGCCCUGAUGGUGGUUUUCGUCCAGGGAAGAAGUAUUGCCGGAAGUGACCGAUUCUUGAAUUUCCUCUUCCCGACGACUACUAUGAAACCUUACGGUUACAACCAUCAAAACAACUACAACAACAACAAACCGAUGACUCCUUCUGGGCUGAAACCAGCGACGAAGCGCCCCUAUUACCAGCGACCCUAUGAGCCACGCAGGCCAACACCUGGAAACAUUUCGUUCGUUUUGAACAUGCCAGCCGUGCCGGCCGUUGCCGCUCUUCCCGAAACUGUUUAUCCAGCAUACCCAACCAAACCGUCCGCUACUGCAACUUAUUUGGCUCCAGCAGCUUACCCAACUCCGGCACCUAUUACUCCGUCUCCGGCACUUUAUUCGACUCCAGCAGCUUAUCCAACUCCCGCACCUUAUUCGGCUGCUCCAGCACCUUCUCCACCAGCUUAUCCGACUUCUGCUCCGGCACCUUCUCCAGCAACUUAUCCAACUUCCGCAUCUUAUUCGGCUGCUCCGGUACCUUCUCCAGCAACCAAUUUGGUUCCAACAGCACCCAAUUUCGCCGGUCCAUCCAGUUCGGGAGCGUCUCCAGCAGCCGGGCCAUCAAAUCUAAUGGACUUGCCUGCACUAGCUUCUUCGGCUAUUCCAGUUUCGUCUCUGCCUCCUCUUCCUACGCUUCCGUCUCUUCCACCUCUUCCUUUUUUUUCUGAUGCCGCCAAUGCCAUCCAGUCUAUCCUCCCACCUCUGCCUCCUCUGCCUUCUUCUCUGCCUCCUAUCGGCAAAUGAAACUUUGACGUUUCUAAAUUCGCCCAGGAAAAGAGGAUCUGAAAGAUCGUAUUAAUCAUUAUUUAAUUAUUGUAACUGUGACUGUCAAAUGAAAAAAUAAAAAGCGAUUCUUUCACAA